ACGUUCACGAGAAGUUAGCAGACAGUCGUGGGAAAAGAACGGGAAAAUGGCAGCAGAUCGGGGGCGCCGAAAUAUCAAUCAGAAAUUUGCUGAAAGCCUGUACAAGUACAGUCGCCCAAGGAUACCAGAAUAUUCUCGUAUGCAUCCUGUGGUGCCUCGUCUUUAUGUACAGGAAUGGAAGACUGACAUGAAGAACAGGGAGCUUAUUGUUAAGAAUGCAGAGCUCGGAGGAAUUCCUCACGUUGAACAUGAUGAAAACUUGUUCUUAGAAAAGCGUGAACAGAUGCACUACAAUGUAGAGGACCGGAAUCGUGUGGAGGGCAAGUACAGAAUGCCGAGUAGAGCAACACUACUCCAGCCAGACUUCCACCACGAAACCUCCAAAUAUCAGAGUGAACUGAUGUUCCGCAGAGCAAGUGACAACUGAAUAAGAACUAAACCUAUACAUUUUGUUCAAGUGCUUAUUUUAAUAUUUUUGGUAAACACAAUGUGCACUUCAUGAAAACAAUGUGAUAAAUUAAAGCAGUUUGAAUAUGGAUCCCAUCCACAUGUUUCGUGCAGUAUUAACUUAACCAGGGAUUGAAUACAUUACUUUGACAUGUCAGGUUAGUCAUUAUGAGAGUUUAAUUCAUAAAAGGCAUUCAAAUUGUCACUAUCAGUAUUAGUGUUAUAUCUUCACAGCUUGCCAUUCUCAUAUAAACUUGUGAAAAUUAAAUCUCGUUAUCACACAGUUGUAUUAUUGCAUUAUAUACCCUUUGCACUGAUAUUUAAUAUAACAUUCUUGUUAAAUAUUUGUUUAGUCUAUUUACUGUUGCAAGCUCUUUUGCAACUAUUUUCACAUGAUACAUACACAUCAAUUGCAUAUUUCUUGUACAUUAUGUUGAUCUUUAGGGUUCCUUUUGUAUUUAUAUGUUGCAUGCAGAGUUUUUACCGAAACAUAUUUUCCUCCUUUGGUUUGAAAAUAUUUCUCACAGGGGCUUUCAGUAAGUUUUCAAAAUAAUGAAUUUGAAAAGCAUGAAUUAUAUUUUGGGUUGACACCAACUUGUCUUUUCUAUUUUUGUCUUUUACUCUAUUGUGAAUUGUUAUCUUUUGUAAUAUUUCUGUACAUUGAACAAAGUAAAACUUUCAUUUUAUAUUUAAUAAGUACUUUUCUCUUCAUUUUUUUCUUCAAAAGAUUGAUAUUUUGUACAAACUUUCUCCUGUGAUAUAGUUAGUGUAUUUGAUCAUAAACACCUUGUACAUAUUCACUUUACAUGGAUGCACAAGUAUAGAUAGCUUAAUAUCGUUUUCUAUUUGUGGUGUUGAUAAUAAAAUUUUAUUGAAGUUUCAA